AUGCCACUAUAUGCUAAGUUUAUGAAGAAAGUAUUGACAAAGAAAAGAUCCUUGAAAGAAGGACAAACUAUUGAGAUGACAAUGGAGUGUAGUGCUAUCAUCCAAAGAGAUUUGCCAAGGAAGAAGAAUGAUCCAUGGAGUUUUCAUAUCCCCUGCACCAUAGGCAACAUGACAAUUGAAAAAGCAUUCUGUGACCUUGGGGCAAGCAUAAAUCUUAUGCCUCUAUCCUUGAUGAAGAAGCUCCAAAUCCAUAAAGUGAAACCCACACAAAUAGCUCUCCAAAUGGCCGACAAAUCCAUCAAGCAAGCACUUGGGGUUAUGGAGAAUGUGUUGGUGAAAGUAGAGAAAUUUUUCCUCCCAACUGAUUUUGUCAUUCUUGACAUGGAAGAAGACUACAACACUCCCAUCAUUUUAGGGAGACCAUUCUUGGCUACGGGCAGAGCAUUGAUAGAUGUUGAAAAGGGAGAGUUGAUGUUAAGAGUGCAUGAUGAGCUCCUAGUUUUCCAUGUUUUCAUGACCAUGCAUGAGCCCACUCAAGAAGAGGAAUGCAUGAAGGUUAAUUCCAGAGAUCCAAACCUAAAAGACGCACUCAAUAAGCCAUCUCCAAAGCUUCUAAGCCCACUUUUGAAAGACAGAGAAGAAGUAGAAAUGAUACAACAAACUCAAGGAGUCAAGAAGGAGCUACAACCAAAGCCUCCAUAUAAAACCCACAACAAGAAUCUUCCAGACAUUAAGUCCCCCAAGCCUGAAUCACCUCCUGAAAAAGAGAAGAAUCAUAAGAAAAAGGUACCAAGAGAGCAUCUAGAGAUCAUCAAGGAAGGCACUGGAUGGAAGUUCACUGUGAGAGGAGAGAAGCUGAGGCAUUAUGACCGUCAUCCUUCCUAA